UCACUGACUUCACUUGUCACUUCCAAGUGCAAUAAAUAAUCGUAUCGUAAUCGCGUGAAUAUUCAUUUCCAUCCUAUUUUCUAAUUUUAAUUUGGGAUUGCGAAAAAUUUCUUAACUAAGGAGCCUACUAAAUUACUCAUAUUAUAUUUUAAAAUCUAAAGUAAUCAAUUUCUAAAAUGUCACUAUUUGUAAAGAACUUAGUCCGCCGGGUCCUCACACCAGCUGUAUCAGUAACGAGGAAAUCGUGUUUUUCUACUACUAAUGCUGCAUUUGCACCAAAAAUACAGAAGCCUGCCCCUGACUUUGCAGCUACAGCAGUGGUAAAUGGGGAAUUCAACCAAAUAAGAUUGGCAGACUUCUCUGGAAAAUAUGUGGUUCUUAUGUUCUAUCCUCUGGACUUCACCUUUGUCUGCCCUACAGAGUUGAUAGCUUACAGCGACAGAGCCAAAGAGUUUGCGGGUAUUGACUGCCAAGUUAUUGGGGUGUCUACUGAUUCAGAGUUCAGUCAUUUGGCAUGGAUCAAUACCCCUAGGAAGGAUGGAGGUUUGGGAAAAAUAGACAUUCCAUUAUUGGCAGAUUACCAGAAGCAAAUCUCAAAGGAUUAUGAUGUAAUGUUAGACCAAGGGUUCGCAUUACGUGGGUUGUUUAUCAUUGACAGAAAUGGCAUUUUAAGGCACAUGUCAAUAAACGACUUGCCUGUAGGAAGGUCCGUCGAUGAAACCCUGAGGCUAGUGAAGGCUUUCCAGUUUGCUGACAAACAUGGUGAAGUAUGCCCCGCCAAUUGGAAUCCUGAUACAAAUGCAGACACCAUCAAACCGAAUCCCAGAGAAAGCAAGGAGUAUUUCAAGAAGGCUAACUAAUUUUUUAACAAAACUAUUUGGCAUCAGGUCAAAAGAGCUCUGAAAAAUAGUCUAGAGAAUGUGUGUGUGAUAGUAGAUACUUUACUUUCCUAUUACGAGAAGUUAAAGGUUGACUGAUGAACUAAUCGCGCGGCUAGUUGACCAUUUUGUACCGCCAAUUAGAUUAAUUGUUCACUGCGCAGGUUCAAGGUUUAGAGUUAUUUUGACCUGAUGCCAAGUGUACUAUGAAUUUAGAUUAGGCAUUAAAUGCAAUUAAAGUUCUUCAUCACUAACCCAUCGAAAAAUUCUUGUUUGGAAUGGCCAAUCCAGUACAUACAGUUUUGUAAGAUAUUAAACAUAAUCAAAUCCCUGUAUCACUGUUAGUUUUAAGUUAUUAAAAGACCUGUUUCUUAGUAAUUAUAUUUAUGGUUAAAAAUGUAUUUCCGAAGUAAUUCUUGCAUUUAAUGACAGAAAUCCAACUUCAAUAAUAAUUUUGUUGUUAUAUUGAUAUUAUUUUAACGUAUGCUAUGUCAAAUACAUACAAUUUAUAGA